UUGUCAAACUAUUUGUUUCGUUGUGCGCAUGUGCAACAUAUGAGUCGCAGUACAGAGAAUAAUGAACUCUACUAGCUAGCUAGCACUCCUGUCUGGCAGCUCGGUUAUAUCAAUAUUUGACAUCACAUGAGAAACAAACAACAUCAGGUGACAGCUGAGACAAUGGACCUUGAGUUUUAAUCCUGCUAUUCUAGCUAGCUACUUAGAGCGGUUGUCCCAUUGAACAUUAGCAAGCGGACUAACGUUAGCUUGCCAGCCCACCCCACAAGAAACAUGCCCCCAUUAAAAUUCUGCGCGAAUCUUUCGUGGUUGUUUACGGAUCUGCCAGAGUUUACCCAGAGAAUCUAUGCUGCUGCAUCGGCUGGGUUUCAGGCUGUGGAGGCGGCAUGGCUGUAUGACUCUGACUUACAGGAGCUCCAGAGAGUCAAGAAUGCUACUGGGGUUGAUGUGGUGCUGAUUAACACCCCCCUUGGAGAUGCUAAGGCAGGUGAUCUUGGUCUGGGUGCUGUUCCUGGCAGAGAGGAGGACUUCAGAAAGGGUCUGGAUCUGGCCAUGCAGUACGCCAAGGCUCUGGACUGCAGGAGGAUCCACUUGAUGGCUGGGAGGGUACCUGUGGGGGCAGACCGAGCUACCAUUGCCGUGGAAAUGGAGGACACCUUUGUACAAAACCUAAAACAUGCUGCCGAUGUCCUCUCAAAUGAGGGCAUCACUGGCCUGAUUGAGCCCAUCAACACACGGAUAACAGAUCCCAGAUAUUUCCUGGACAGUCCACAUCAGGCGGCUGCAAUCCUGCAGAAGGUUGGCCACCCAAAUAUUAAACUACAGAUGGAUGUCUUCCACUGGCAGAUAAUGGACAACAACUUGACACAGAACAUACACAAAUAUUUCCCUCUCAUCGGUCACAUCCAGAUAGCCCAGGUGCCCGGCAGGAACGAGCCAGACAGUGCAGGAGAACUUAACUUCCCAUAUCUCUUCAGUCUACUGGAGGAGAUGGGUUACCAGGGAUACAUCGGCUGUGAAUACAAACCACUAGGCUCUACAAAUGAAGGUCUUGGUUGGGUGAAAGAUUACUUGAAGCGCAACAGGUGAUGGCUGAGAGGACCACACAUGCAAACGUUUGCCAGUACCAGCCUUUCCAUAGAGGCAACAGUCAUCGCUGAUGAGUCUUAUUUCAACUCCGAUAAACAGUUCAUUAUUGUGAAAUGGGCUUAUUAAACAGCAGGCUAAACACUUGA